AAUUCAUUUUGAAAUCAGUUUACAAUGGAGUUGUUGAAGUGCUUAAUUUGCGUACUUCUGGCCAUCCAAUGGGCUGUAGCCCAUCCAACAUUCUCCGACUCACCAGAGCCAAAUUUGAAUAGACUCUUUGGUUACAUUGGUGGCAUUGUCAAUGAAGGAAUAAGGCUUCACUACCCUCAGCACCAAAGUGAAGGUGGGCAAUAUGACGAAGGACCUUGCGGUCGUGAUGAAGGACAAUCUGCUGGCCUACCACCAAGCGUUGGAGUAUCCAAAUAUGAUAUCAUAGAUUUAAAGGCUGGUGCAAAAAGUUGAAAUGGGGCUACUUCUUCACACAUUAUAACGAGUAACUGCAUGACAAGGACAAGAACGACGACGAGUAGGAUGUGCCUGCCUUAGGCAGACAAGUUGGCCAACAGCAAAUUACGAGUACGUGCCGCAGGCGACAAUGAGAAGGAAUAAAAAACUGGGCAGCCCGGAGGCGAAAACUGGAAACGCAAUACAUGUACAUACAUAUUUGCUCUGAUUUGGCUUGGCUUUUCUUCGGCUGCCUGGUCAGCUGAAAUAUUAUACUCGGAUCCUGUAUUGACAGGCGCAACCAGUUGCUGCACUUCAAUAAAAUCAAAUUGCCAUUCAAUUUGGACUGUCAGUGGCGACCACCUAUGCUCAUGGCCGAGUGCCCAUUGUUAUUUUUAUUUCAGCAAAUUGAAAGCACUCCGCUUAAUCCCGACGCCUCGAAAGGCAGCUGGAAAACCAAUCACCACUGAACAUCAAUUAAAAAAAAAGUAAGAAAAAGAAUUGGUUGUGAAAAUAAAAAGCGUACCGAGAGCUUACAAUCUACCGGGAUUUACUUCAGGCACUCGCUUUCCUCUCGAAAGGAAAACGUUUCUGUUCCCCCUAACUACCUUAAAGUGAUCCAAUUUCCAGGAAUUUAGGUUUGCACGGUGAAGUAUAACUUCUCCUUACUCAGAAGAGUACAUACCCCGCCCGUAUCCUAAAAAAGAUAAUAGUGAUUAAAGUGGCUAGUGAUCCUGGUCCAAAAUACCUAUACAAAGAUUCCUGUUUAUCAU